AUGGAGUUAAUUGGCUCCACCCUAACAGCCACCUACACCCGGCCCAAAACCAGCCACUUCCUUCCCGCCAUCUCCACCAUGGCGUCCAGCUACCGCAGCCCCCAGCCGGCCUUGACCAUGAGCCCCAGUGCCAACCAGUGGAGGACCAACAGCUACUUUAAGCCCGGCAGUGCUAUCCCAUCUCUUUCCUCCACGCACAGAGAAAACUUGGACCUGGUUCGCGCCAAGACCAUAUUUUACCCGUCCAACAGGACUGCCUUGACCACUCGCUAUACCCCUGACGACUGGUAUAAGUCCAACCAGAGCAACUACAGGGAAUCCGAAUCGUCCCGAAACAGCGCAGAGAGACUGAGGAGAGACACCAUCAGGCUCAUACAGGAUAAGGAGCAGCUGACGAGACGCACUCAAGAAAACACCAGUAAAACGAUCGGGGAGCGCCUCAACGACAUCGGCUUCUGGAAGUCUGAACUGAGCCACGAGAUCGACAACAUGGUGACAGAGAUAGCAGCUCUCAGCGAGGUCAAGAGGAGGCUGGAGAGAGCUCUGGCAGAGACGGAGGGACCCCUGCAGGUAUCCCAAGAGUGUCUCUACCACCGGGAGAAGCGGAUGUCCAUCGACCUUGUACGCGACGGGGUGGAGAAAGACCUUAUAAAGGAGGUGGAGGUCGUCAAGUCCUGCCAGGAGAGGAUGAGGCGGCAUCUGGACAGAGCCAUCACUCAACUAGCGUCAAACCGAGCAGCCCAGCAUGAGCUGGAGAGGGACAUUAAUGACAAAAUGACGGCCCAGAGGAUAGACGACAGGUGUCACCAUCUGAGGAACGCAUCCGACAGCAUCAGCUAUUACCGAGGGAUCGAAAGACUCGACCCCUCGCUCUCGCUGCCCGACUCAUGGUCGAAGUUCACAGAUGACAACAUCCUGCACUCUCAGAGUCAGCGGGCCACUUCCCACAAGCUGAGGGACGAGAUAGAGGUCUUGCUGAACGCCACGUCCAAUGAGAUGUGGAGCCAGUUCAACAACGUCAAUGUAGCUUUCACAAACCGCAUAUCAGAAACUGCUGAUGCCAAGAACAGCCUGCAGGCCCAUCUAGCUAAGACUCUGCAAGAGAUCUUCCAGACAGAGAUGCUGAUUGAGUCCCUGAAAAAGGCCCUAAAAGAUAAGGAGUGCCCGCUGAAAGUGGCCCAAACUAGGCUGGAGGAAAGGAUCCGCAGGCCUAAUGUGGAGCUGUGCAGAGACAGCCCACAUUACCGACUGGUGAGUGAGGUGAGGGAGAUCGAGGACACCAUCCAGAAGCUUCAGGAGAGGUUGAUGGAGGCUGAAAACACCCUGCACAUGCUGGUCAAGACCAAAGUCUCCCUGGAGCAUGACCUGUCUAUCAAAGGCAACUCUCUCUUCUUGGACCAGGAGAAGUGCAUGAGCAUGCGCAAGAGUUUCCCUAGCACGCCACGUCUGGUGGGCUACACAUGA